UCAGCGGUUUAGUUUGAGUUAAGCGCGCGAUCGGUAAACAUGUCGAAUUUAAACCGCAUUUUGAGUGGCAGCCUAGUGAUUUGCCUGGCUCUUUUCGAACUUAGAGCGGUGGAUGCCCAAGCGGGAACGGUUCACUGGAACAAUGGAAACGCGGCUGGCGUGGGCGCCUGGUCGAAUUCCCAAUCCGGCGGAAUGCAUCCGCCGGGCAGCUUGAGUGGCCAGGAUCCGCAGUACAGCUACGGAUACGCCGGGAUCGAUUCACGAGGACCUUAUGGAGGAGCGGGGGGCAAUGGAGCGUACUACGUGAGUGGAACGGAUGAGCACGGAAGGCCCUUCUCCUACGGCAAUCAACCCGGACAGCCGGGAUACAUGGGAGUGCGACCGGAUCCCAAUUACCCGGGUUCCUAUGGAUAUCGCAACUCAGCAGCAAUCGCUACCAAUUCAGUUAACGCGGCUUUGGCCUUGGUAAUUGGUUUGGCAUUGGCAGCUAGAAUGAGACUCUAAUGCGGUUCCAGCGCGGGAACCCUUUAUUGUGUGCAUCGUUUUUUUUUUUACCUAGUUUCUAAGCAUAAUUUAUGUAAAUUCGAUAAAUAUGUGCAUCUUUGAUUUAAUAAAAAAAAACUA